CUAUUGGGAAGCAAGAGGAUCAUUAAUACCAAGUAUGAUUGAUCAGAAAUUCUCGUAUUUUGGAGAAAUUCACAAGUAGUGACUGUGUGGCUAUGGAGCCAUUUCAGAGGUCAUUACGAGUAGAGGUCAUUUGUUUACAGACACUGAUGCCAACAGAAUGGAUGAUGGACACCUAGUGAAUCAAGGUUGAGAAUUCCUCUGAGUGGCAUGAGUUCGCCUCCUCUUUUGAAGUUCCUGCAGCCAAAACAUCAUUACAUGGCGAUCAGAGUAUCAAAUUAUCAUCGGGAUUGGUAUACCGAAAAGUACAUGUAAACAAACAUGCUGACUGACGAAUUUACAAAGUUGCUAGAAACUGCUAAAGAAGUGGAGAAGAAAACAUGCAAAGAUAAGAAGCCCCUGCUGGAGUGUGUGGUACAGAAAUGUCAAACUAACCUUGCCAAGAAGGAGACAUCACCUUCAGAAGCCUCCCAGGCAUAUGCAGGGGCUGUACUUGACUACACCUUCAUUGACGAAAGUGUAAUGGUGGAAGAGAGCUUUCCCAGGGACAGCUGGAGGCCAAGAAUUAAGGCAAUUUUUAGUGAGAUUGAAGGAAUAGAAACUACUGUGAAAAAACUAAAUCCAGGGAAAGAGAAUUUUGAGGUAAUUGAUGUGCUUGGUCCGGAGAUAGUGGAAUGCAUGGCUUGGAGGAAAGGCGCACUGAUGUACAUGUAUUGUGCCACCAUUCAGGAAGAAGAUAAAGAUCGAAUAGAGGAGGACCCCCCCUGUUACGCUGAGCAAAUAGAAUGUGGCAUUGUGAAUCUCCAGAAAAUGCUGUCCAUACGAAGUCCUCACGAAGUGAAGAAAGACGGGGAGGAGAGAGACGUGGAAACUCUUCUCAGUCUGGGUAUAUACAGUGACACACAUUUACUGGCCAUGAUGUAUGCUGGUGAGAUGUGUUAUUGGUAUUCUCAGUUAAAAAAGAAUCACCCUCUUCUUCCUUCCUCAGACCUGGAUGAGAGACAGAUUGGCGUCAAAUAUUUACAGGACUAUCUAAAGGCAGUCAAAGGGCCUUUAUCGGUCCAGGGUUGGUCCACAGAAAGAGCUGAACAAUUUUUACAUUACUUUAAAAAGGAAAAUCCUAACUGAAUAACCACAAAGAGGAUGUGUCAAGGAUUAUUCGUGGUAUUCAUUUGAAAAACUCUUUAACAGAUGCUACAUUUGAUAUUUAUAUCUUCAAUAUUUUUUAAUCUUGAUAAAUAUAGUAUAUGUGUACAUCUAUUUUUACAGCUGGGAAUUCUGACAGAAAUGAAAGUAGAAUGUAAAUAUGAGAAAUAAACUUUCUUUUUGAAAAUACAUGAGGAUAUGAACUGCAAUGCUUCACAUCGGCAUACUUUUUAUGAAUCGUUAAUCUGCUUCAUGAAAUAUGUGGGCGUGAAGCAUUGCAGUCAUGCUAUAUUUUGUUGUACUAAUUAUUCAUCUAGAUUCAUGCGCACAUUGUUCAGAUUCAUGAGGAAAUAGCAAUCAUUUCCAUUCAUAUAAUGAUAAUGAAGAUAAAAACUCUGGAAAUGUAAAAAGAAAUGUCUUCUGGCAAGUCAUCCUCACCUCACACAUUUUGUAAGAUAUCAAUCCAAAUGCAUGAAGAAAUGUGUUUUUUUUUCCUCAAUGAAAAGAAUAGAUCUACUGUGACCAUUGCAUAGGUGCAUGACCAUCGUAUUUGUAAAUAAAAAGCCAAUGCAAUGUCUACUGAACAGGUGUCUACUAAAUUCCUGUGCACUAAGGUGUUACUAAUUACAUUGUAGUACAAUUCUCGACUAUCAGUGAAAGUCAAAGCAUUGAAAUGAAAUUUCAAAGAUAUCAUCAAGUCACAGUUUGUAAACUAGGUCAACCAUAAUGAAUAGGGAAUUCCAGGUGUACGUGGAACUUUGUUGGAAGAACAGUACACUGCAAUUUAGUACUUGUUAAACACAAUGAAAUUCAUGUAAAUCGUGUAUUUUUUUGAAAAUGGAUGCAACUAAAUGGGGGUAUGCUAGACUUUAUUAUCAACGUUAAGGUGUAGGCCUGAGGGUUGAUAUUGUUGAGGGUCGAUAUGGGUUGGAAACAAAUUUUGCCAUGUAUUUUUCUCUAUGUAUUUUACAAUAUUCAUGACAGGAAAUAUGAAAUUUAUUGUGUAUUGGAAUGUGUUUCCUGUGACUUUAUACAUUUUAGAAAGGUCACGUGAUCUGAUUUUUAAUACUAAGUUUCGGUGAUAUAUUAUGUUAUGCAGUUAAUCACAAAAAUUCAUUUCUGUUGGUGUAUUAAACCCCAGGUUUUAGAAAAGUCUUAUAAACUCAGUUAGGCUGUAUUAUGAAAAUACCAGUUAAGUUUCAAAAUUACUACACAGUAAUCAAAGUUGUUGUUUUUUUUUAUCUAAUGUAUGUUACAAAGGAAUUUUAAACCUUUAUUUUUCAUACACAAAACAAAACUUUGAAGGCAUUUAAAUGCAUUAGAAAUACCUAUACUACAUUGCAUCAUGGUCUACUGCAGCAGAAAGCAUUUUCUGUAGUAAGUAGCAAUAAUAUUAUAAUAGUGAGAUAUUUGGUUUUGUUAAGGAAGCAGUCCAUUAACUUGUACAUUUAUAACACUGUAAUGGUCUGAGACAGGUUUUUUCCUACCUGGUAAAAUUGUACAUGGUAAAUAAAUCUACACAUUAAAGUUUUUCCUCUAUUAAAGUAUUUGUUAUUAAGGUAAUUUUCAGUGCAAUAAACUGUCUGUAACAU